CGGCGGAAGUAGUGGGUGUCGGUGUUGUGGGAUUGACAGGCUGCGGCUGGAACAACAUGGACGACACAUGAGCGAGCUUCUUCUCCGCGGGCACCAGCAGCAGUGACGACCAGUGGAGGACAGACAGGCGGUAUGACAGAGGAGAAAUGUCCUCAGCUGGUGGACUACUUCGUGGUGGCAGGUCUCGACCCUACAGGGCCCUGGAGGCCCCUGGAUGAGGAUGGGAAGACCUCCUCCCCUUAUUCUUCCUCCUCCACCUCCUCGUCUUCGCCGGCCCGGGCGGUGGAGCCGGUCACAGACCUGGCGGUUAUUGCCAAAGGGCUCGGGGAGGAAGUGCCGGAGGGCUUCACCUGCAUCGAGAGGACGCUGGGCGGACAUUCUGCCGAGCUGAGCGCCGGACUGAUCAACAACCCGCACCUGUACCUGUGUUACCGCCGAGGACGAGACAAGCCGUCCAUUCUGGACCUGGGGGUUCUGUACGAGGGGAAGGAUCCGCUGAAGCAGGGCUGGUACGUCAUCGAGACCACUCCCUACAGCCGCUCGGCCAACCUGAGCUCGGGCGGCGCCCCGACGGCUCACCGGGUGUUCCUGAUGUACCGCCGGGCUCUGGACUCACAGGGGCUCCACACGCUGGGCGUCACCGACAUCACCCUGCUGCUGCCCGGCAAGGGGGAGGUGGCCCCGCACACCUUCUGCCGCGUGGAUAAGAACCUGAACACCGGCAUGUGGGGACCGGCCCUGUACGUGUGCUAUAAGAGGGCUGUGGCCAAAGCCAACGCACUGGUCUACGAAGCCAGUCUGAUCAGCCGCUACCCGGAGGAGGACCUGGAAGCGUUUCCUCUGCCGGAGUCGGUGCCGGUCUUCUGUUUGCCGAUGGGCGUCACGGUGGAGAGCUGGCCUCUGAACACAAAGUACCAGCUGCCCAUCUUCUCCACCUUCGUCCUCACGUCCGCCUCCGGGGACAAGGUCUACGGAGCGGCCAUCCAGUUCUACGAGUCCUUCCCCCGGGAGCUGCUGUCGGAGCGGCAGAGCGUGAGGCUGGGCCUGCUCAGCGUGGUGGACCGGCGGCCCAUCACCAGCCGCAGCCUGCAGGCCAAGAAGAGCAUCUGCGUCUUGUCCCACUGGCCCUUCUUCACCAUCUUCCAGAAGUUCCUCACCUUCAUCUACAGAUACUCCAUCUCCGGGCCGCACGUCCUGCCUCUGGAGAAACACAUCUCCAGCUUCAUGCACAACGUCCCGUUUCCCUCGCCCCAGCGGCCUCGCAUCCUCGUCCAGCUCUCUCCGUACGACAACCUGCUGCUCUGCCAGCCGGUCUCCUCUCCGCUCCCACUCAGUGGGGCCAGUUACCUGAAGCUGCUCCAGAACCUCGGUCCAGAGAACGCCUGCACGCUGCUGCUGGCCGUCCUCACCGAACACAAGCUGCUGGUGCACUCGCUGCGGCCGGACGUCCUCACCUCCGUCUGCGAGGCCCUCGUCUCGAUGAGCUUCCCUCUGCGGUGGCUCUGUCCCUACAUCCCUCUGUGUCCACUGCAGAUGGCCGACGUGCUGCUGGCGCCGAUGCCCUUCAUCGUGGGCGUCCACUCCAGCUACUUCGACCUGUACGACCCCCCCACGGACGUGGUGUGUGUGGACCUGGACACCAACACCAUCUUCCAGUCAGACGAGAAGAAGCCGCUGUCGUGGCGCUCGUUACCCAGAAAGCCCGGGAAGACUCUGUUCAACGCGCUCACCAGCCUCCACAAGACCCUGGAGAAGAUUUGCACCCCCGGCCAGGAGGAGGCCACGUUGGAGUUCCUGCUGACCGACUACGAUCAGAUCUACAGGCGUCAGAAGCAGCUGGAGCUGGAGAUCCAGGAAGUGUUCCUGCGUUUCAUGAGCUGCCUGCUGCGAGGGUACCGCUCCUUCCUGCUGCCGAUCACACAGGCUCCGUCUGACACCACCACCGACUGCAGUUCCCUCUUCAACCUGCAGGGCUUCCUGAAGUCUCGGGAUCGGACGCAGCAGAAGAUCUACAGCCAGCUGACGAGGACCCAGAUGUUCACUCAGUUCAUCGAGGAGUGCUCCUUCGUCAGUGACCGUCACGCCUGCCUGGAGUUCUUCGACGAGUGCGUCCAGAAGGUGGACGUGGAGAAGCCGGAGGAGGUGAGGCUGAUCGACCUGGACGAGACCUACAGUGGAGAACACACGGUCUUCAUCAUGCCUCCUGAAGAGCCUCAGGAACCGGACGGCUCAGAGUGUGCUGCCCUCUACAGCUACGAGACGUUCCCCACGCUGAGGCCGGAGCUCUUCGACCAGCCGCAGGACCAGCUCCGGGUCCCGGCCCGAGGCUCCGCCCCCAGCAGCCCCGCCCCCCGACGCACCAAACAGGAGAUCAAACUGGCUCAGAAGCGAGCUCAGAAGUACUCGGCGGUCCCCGACAUGUGGUCCAAGUGUCUGCUGGGUCACUGCUACGGCCUCUGGUUCCUCUACCUGCCCACCUUCGUCCGGGCGGAGAGCGCCAAGGUCCGCGCGCUGCACACGGCCUACGACGUCCUCAAGCACAUGGAGAACCGCAAGGUGGUGGUGCCGGACGAGGUGUGUUACCGCAUCCUGAUGCAGUUGUGUGGUCAGUACGGACAGCCGGUCCUAGCUGUUCGAGUCCUGCUGGAGAUGAAGAAGGCGGGAAUCACCCCCAACACCAUCACCUACGGAUACUACAACAAGGCCGUGCUGGAGAGCAAGUGGCCGUCUACCAGCCAGGGCGGGCGUCUCCGCUGGGCCAAGCUGAGGAACGUCCUGCUGGCCGUGGCCCAGUUCAGACAGCCAAUCAAACGGCGGCAGAAGAGCGGCUCGUUGGGGUCACGGGGAGAAAUGAUGGUGGACGCAGACCAGAGGCCCCGCCCCCACUCCAAUCUGAUUCGUCAGUCCAGUUGGAGCGGUCUGUCUGAAAGCUCCAGUCACGAGUCUCUGACUGGUCCAAUGGUGAAGAGCAACAGUCUGAACAGCAUGAAGACGUCGUCCGACAAAGUCAAACACUGUAAGAAGACCGUCCUCCAUGACGCAGGGGCCGCCGGCUUCCGUGACGCCGUCUCUCGAAAACCUCCCCUGGGCCUCAGAGACACGUCCGCCCCGCCUGCAGCGCCCCCUAGCGGCGUGGUCGUGGUGCCGCGGAGUCAGGUCUGCCUCUCCAACUUCUACAAAGAGUGCGCAGAGUCGGCCGACUCGGAGCCGGACUGCAGCUGUCGUCCUGCGGAGAGAGACGGCAGGCCUGUAGGAGUGCGUGACACGUGCAGCAGGAAAGAAGCUGUGGACGAGAACUACAACAACGUCUCCUCCCCGACCCGCGGGGGUCUAGCAGGAAAACUCCAGCAGCUCCUCACCCCGACCAGACACCGAGUGUCGGUGCGACGGGCCGCCAGCGUGGACGACCGGCGGCCCGGAGGAGGGAUAGGACGAAGAGUGUCGGAGCAGAGGCAGUCUAGGAAAGCUCAGGUGGCCGAGACGCUGCUGAAGGCCAAAGACCGGCUGGUGAACGCUACGUCAGAGAGUUCGUUGUCUGUAGGAAGUGACCUCGACUUGACGGACACGCCCACUCCAGCGUUUCCUAUACGCAGGUCCUGGGACGCCAACCAGGAGGCGGCGGGGCUUGAGGUGUUGAUGUCCAGCUGCUCUCUGUGUCGGAGCUGUAACUCGUUGGUCUAUGACGAGGAGAUCAUGGCGGGCUGGACCUCUGACGACUCGAACCUGAACUCGUCGUGUCCGUUCUGCGGCGCCUCCUUCGUCCCGUUCCUGAACGCUGAGAUCUGUGACCUCGGGCCAGUCAGCAGUGCGGAGCGCAGCCACUGGAACAUGGAGGAGGAGGUGGAGAGCUCUGCGAGGCCCCCCAGUGGUCAAGACUUCUCCCUGCGCCCCCAGUGUAACGGUGUGAGUGAGGAAUCGAGCUCUGAGACCAGCAGCUACUCGGAGAACAGCAGAACCACCUCGGCUUCGUCAGUGGGUGGGGCUCCUCAGGUGACGGUGGCGUACCUGAGCCCUCUGGUUCUGAGGAAGGAGCUGGAGAGCCUGCUGGAGAACGAGGGCGAGGCGGUGCUCGCUCAGCCUCAGUUCCUCGACAGUCACUCCAUCAUCUUCUGGAACCUGGUGUGGUACUUCCAUCGCCUCGGCCUCCCCUGCAACCUGCUGCAGCUCGUCAGGGCCUCGCCGCUCGCCAGCAGCUUCACGCAGUCAGAGAACUCGGCGGUGAGUGUGAGGCUCCUGUGGGACACCCUGACCCCUGACACAGACCAGUGGCCCCCCCUCUACAUCCUCUGGAGGAUCCACAGUGGCGUCCCGAUGAGGAGCUACAGCUGGCGGAGACACAACCACCCGUUCACCCUGGCCUUCCUGGAGGAGGUGCUGCGCUGGGUCGGCAUGAACGAGGUGCACAAAGCGGUCACGCUCUUCCUGGACACGAUGGCCAAGCAGCCGGCGUCCCCCAGAAUACAGAGGAGUUUGUACAGAGAGUUCCUCUUCCUCACGCUGGCAGCUAUGGGCAAAGACCACGUCGCGGCGUUCGAUAAGAAGUACAAGGCGGCGUGGUCUCGGCUCGGUGGCACUCUGGGCCGUGAGGAGCUCAGGAAGCAGCGGGCGCAGCCGCUCAGCCUCAAAGCCGUGGACUGCAGACGCAGCUUCCACCCGCCUCUCGAAUGCUGAUCAGCUCAGAACAACCGUCCCUUCUCCUGCUUUCUUCCUGUGUUCCCCACUUCUCUGCUGCCCCCUGGUGGGUGUCAGAGGGGGGAGCUGCUCCCUCCUGUCCUCUGUCCCUCUGUCUGUGAAUCCAGCCUCUAUUUGUCUCAAGUAACGAUGGCGUCGGCUGAACGAGCAGCAGACGGAGCUGAGCUGACGAGAGGAGCGAGUGUCACGUGUUCGAUGCUCGCGGUCAUGCAUGUCCACUAACAUCAGCUGUGUUGGUGUAAACUUGUCUUCCUCUUGUUUUAAAAUACUGAAGGAGCUCAAGGUUCCUGCAGGAGCUCGUCACUGCUGUAUGCUGGGGGGGGGGGGUCAGCCUCAUUCAGUGCGUGAUAGACAUUUAGAGUUUUAUUUUGAAAAAGAGUCACAUAAGGAUUAAAGGGACAGUUCCAACACUUUUAAAUACUUUAAAACCAUUGUUGGGAUUUCAAACAUUAAAUUUCUCCCAAAUAACAAAGUGUGAUCAACAGUUCAGAUCGUUCUGCUCCAAACAGAAUCAAAUACUAAAUCCUCAGAUUUAACCUUUGACCCAUAAAACAUCACCUUCGCCUGUUGGGUCUGGAUCUUCUGUUGGGUCUGGAUCUUCUGUUGGGUCUGGAUCUUCUGUGGGACCUGGAUCUUCUGUGGGACCUGGAUCUUCUGUGGGACCUGGUAGAUUCAGGAGGAAAGGUCCUCGGUUUCGUGGCGAGAUCUUCUUUGUUGUGUCCUUGGAGCAGAAUCGCGUCUGGGUUCAACGUCAUUGAGAAGUUUCAUAAAAACUUUUAAUCAGUUUGAAAAGUUCUGACUUUGUUUAAUGUGAGAAACGUAAAAAGAGACUCAAGUUUCUGCAUCAACUGCUGAUGAUGUAAAAUCUGUACAAUAACAAAAUGUAGAUAAAGUUAUUUAUGACCUAAUGAAACUCAGUUUGUGCAGUAACGUGAAUCCGACACUUUUUAAAUAUUCCGAUUUUUUUCAGUUUCCACACGGAGAAAAGUGAUUAUUUAUAUAAAGUUUUUAACUCAUUUAGUUUUUUUAUUUAAACGGAUUUAUAAAAUGAAAAAACUUUAAUUUACACUGUAAAAAUGCAGACGUUUCAAAAAACAUCUGGUCAGUUAAACACUGGAUUUAAAAAGACCCAAGAAAUUCAUCCAGAAAAAUAUUCAUAUCUAUUUUACAAAAGAGUUGAUGCAAAAUUUGAUGUAAACAAUUUACACAAUUUAUAAAUUCGAGAAAAUAGAAUACAUUUAGAGUUUCUAUUAAUGCGACCUCUGAUUGGCUCUCUUAAUUUCAUAUCAUCUUGUUGCGCCAUCUAGUGUUCAUCUGGAUGAGCUGAAAAAGUUUACCUGAAAUCUUCGUAAAUAUCUGUGAUGCAUUUGGACGGAAACUAUUUUGAAUUCACGUGGACUUAAUUUUCAACUUUUAGUUAAGUUUGGAUCUUCUUGACUUUUGUCUCAACGCGCCUGCAGACCCGUUAUUGUGCUCGUCAGUGAUGUCACAGUGUAUUGACCACACCCCCACAGCCUGUGUUCAUCACAGCAGCGAGGGGUUCGGCCACAAGAGGGCAGCAGAAACCAGGAUUGAAGGAGGUUUCUACCUGAAUCUCAGAGAAAUCUCAAAUUGAUCCACGUUUUCUCCGCAGUCGAUCGGUAACUAUGUUUUAUUUUCGAUUGGACAGCGAGGGGCAGUUCCAGCAGUGGAUGAAGCCGUUUUGUUAUUUCAGCGUCACAGUGUGUACGUUAAUAAAACACAGGGUGUACGUUCUCCAAGUCAGAUAUCUGGGAAUUUGAACUGCAACGUUUAUUGGUUGAGUGGUGACUCUUGCGUCGAGCGGGGGAGUGUAUUUAAAACAGAUUAUUGUGUUUUGCUGUUGUAAUUUAUAAAUGGUUGUGAUUUCAGUUGUAAAUGUUUUAGUUUUUUUUAAGAAAACAGAAAUAAAAGACGGUGACGAGCCCGA